AUGGAGAAAAUGAACCAUCACUCUCAGCACAUAGAAGGAGUCCAAUCAGAGGAUUUUCACCCGGGAAUCACAGAGUCAGGCAAGCCAGAGGCCUUUUAUAUCGAGGACAGAAUGGCGCACUUGACCGAGGAACAUCGCCAAUUUCUACUUGCUCGUCAUGGCACUUUGGAUCUCGAUCCAAUCCCGGACAUGAGCGAUGCAGACCCAUACAAUUGGCCAACGUGGAGGAAAACCAUCAACUUGAUGCUGGUCGUCUUUCACGCCAUGAUCGGCCUCUUUAGCGCAGCAUCGAUCCAAUCCGCCUUUGUGGAAAUAUCGGCCGAUCUAGGUGUCAGUAUGCAACGAACAAGUUACCUCGUUUCUCUUUUUAUCGCUGUCCUCGGCGGUGCUCCCUUGUUCUGGCGCCCUCUAAGCAAUCGUUUUGGUCGUCGGCCCAUCUUCCUCAUCUCCUUGCUCUUUGCAAUGGUCGGGAAUAUCGGUUGUGCCAAUAGUUCGUCCUAUGCGACUAUGGGAUUGUGUAGGGCAAUUACCGCGUUUUUUAUCUGCCCGGCUGCUGCAAUUGGAAGCGCAGUUGUUGCAGAAACGUUUUUCAAGAAGGACCGAGCUCGGUGCAUGGGAUAUUGGACCUUGAUGGUCACCAUCGGCGUCCCGAUCGCCCCCUUUUUGUUCGGCUUCAUGGUCAUGCGCGUCGGAUAUCGUUGGAUUUACUGGGUACUGGCAAUUACCAACGGCGUCCAGUUCAUCCUCUACUUUUUCUUCGGCUCCGAAUCUCUCUAUCUCCGCGGUGAGAAUGUCUCUCCUCCCGUGACAAAUCCCAAGCCAUCCAUCUUACACUUCCGACGAAUCGACCCAUCACCCCUCCGACUCUGGGACUUUGUCCAGCCUUUGACAUAUUUUGCCAAACCCUGCGUUCUCGUUCCCGCCUGUGCAUAUGCCAUGAUAUUCCUAUGGGGGAGCAUCACCCUCACCAUCGAGAUCCCGCAGGUUUUCCCCGAGCAAUUCAAAUUCAACAGCCAGCAAGUUGGCAUGCAGUUCCUCGGCGUUAUCAUUGGGUCAGUCAUUGGCGAGCAGAUCGGUGGUCUGAUGAGCGAUCGCUGGAUGGCCCUGCGUCAGAAAAAGAUAGGAACUUAUCCUGCAGCUGAGUAUCGCUUGUGGCUCAGCUAUCUCGGACACAUUUUAACCAUCGUGGGCGUGGUGGUCUUUGCUGUGCAACUUGGCAAAGCUGGUGACCAGUGGAAUAUUACUCCCAUUAUUGGUGCAGCCAUUGCGGCAAGUGGGAACCAAAUUGUCACCACCGUCAAUAUCACCUAUGCGGUUGACUGCUACCGCGCGGAUGCGGCGAGCGUGGGAGUCUUUAUCACUUUUGUCCGUCAGAUGUGGGGAUUUAUUGGGCCAUUCUGGUUCCCCGAAAUGUUCGAGAAAGUCGGCUGGGCGGGUGGUGCCGGAAUUGCCGCUGCAAUGAUGGUGGUUGUGAGUGUUGUUCCAACCAUCAUCUUGCAAUUCAGCGGUUCAAAGUGGCAUUGA